AAACAAGUACAGUCAAUUUCCAACUCGAAAAGAAAAAGAAACAGAAAAACCUAGUACAAAUAGAGAGAGAAAAGCUCUGACAACACGCAGCCGCGCAACCUGACGACCAAAACAAAGUGCAGCCGCAUCGCCGGCGAUUAUUGAGGAUGUGGAUCGGCGUAUAUUUGACAGUUGUUUUGGUUAUCUAUCACGGACGCUAUUCCAAAAAGACCCAUCUUCAUAAUCCAAGUUUGGAUGAGAAUUUGGAGGCAGGAGUCCGAAUGUGCACGGCAGUCAUGAUGCUGAUGGCUUGUGUAGUUGUUGGUGCAAUUGUUGUGCAUUUUCUGGAGGGUCUGGCCUUCGUUGAGUCAUUAUUGUUGUCUGUGGGAUUUGGAGACCUCUCUUUCAAAACCAAUUCCGGGAGUGUUUUUGUAUUUGUUUGGAUGUUGUUUACAGUACAGUGUUUAUCCAGGACCGUCCGUAAUGUCAUGAUUUACUCGUAUUUUGUGGUUGGGGAUUUGUUCGGGUGAUGAGGAGGUUUAUGUGUAUGUACUCUGUUUCGGAUCCAUGGAAUAUUAGUAUCUUUGAAUUUUAAUCAAGUUUUGUCUGUGUGGUUUAUGUUUAGUUUCACAAAUUUCUAAUGCUUUACAAUUGACUUGUCACGGGAUUGUAAAUCAUGGUUUAUAAUAGGAUUCAAUUCGAUUAGAAAUUGUUGCAGGCAAGUAUGUAGGGGUACCAUAUCCACAGCCAUGGACGAUGUAGGGGGUACCUCUUCGCCGUCGACUCCUCUUUCCCCUUCAUCAACGCCUUCUCCGAAACCGACGGCGCCGCCUUAUCGCACGCCCCUCAUUCCCAAUCUAUUGAGCAGAAUGGACACUAGAAAUUCUUAUGCCAAUCUGCUCACUGAUUGCUCGAAGACUGAUAUCAGAUCUGGUCGUCGUUAAUGUCUCUGCAACCUGUGGUGAUAUUGCUUUUGCUUGUGCUGGACAACUGGUCAUAUCAGGGUAUUUGCUAGCCAAAUCUGUUAUUGGACCUGGAGGGUUCACUUUGUUAGUGAAAUGGUUCAAGUUGAAACUGUAGCUCAGUUUGGUGUGAUCUUUCUUCUUUUUGCUUUGGGCUUAGAGUUUUCCACAACAAAGUUAGAUCCUCUCUCUCUCUCUCUCUCUCUCUCUCUCUCUCUCUCUACCGAAGUUUUUGCUUACUUAUGAUUAUUUCAAUGUGCAACCUUCCUACACCUAGUGUUUUAGGCAUUGCAAAAUUACAGGAAUAGAUGUUGCCACAAAAAUUAUAAAAGUACCUGCUAGAUUAUGGCAUGGGAUGGUAUCAUGGAAAUGAAUAAGUAGAGAAUGAUAAGAUGCCCUUUAUAACCAGUAUCCCAUGCCAUAUUCUAGCAGGUACUAGUAACAUGGCAAUGAAUAAGUAGAGAAUGAUAAGAUGCCCUUUAUAUAAGGGGUGUGUUAAUAGCAAAAAAGGGUGUGUUAAUUGC